AUGGCCGCGGAGAUCCACUCGCGUCCCCAGACCUCCAGACCGGUGCUGCUCAACAAGAUCGAGGGCCACACCGACGCCGUGACCGCCGCUGUUCUCAUCCCGAAGGAGGACGGGGUGAUCACGGUCAGCGAAGACAGAACGAUCCGGGUCUGGCUGAAGAGAGACAGUGGACAGUACUGGCCCAGCAUCUUCCACACGGUCUCAUCUCCGUGCUCGUGUAUGUCGUACCACCAUGACAGCAGACGCAUCUUCAUCGGACAAGACAAUGGAGCCGUCGUCGAGUUCCUCAUAUCUGAGGAUUUCAACAAAAUGAACCAUGUCAAGACUUAUCCAGCGCAUCAGAGCCGGGUGUCGGACAUGGUGUUCUCUCUGGAGAGCGAGUGGGUGGUCAGCACGGGACACGACAAGAGCGUGAGCUGGAUGUGCAUCAAGAGCGGCUCCAUGUUGGGACGCCACUACUUCACCGCCUGGGCCUCCUGUCUACAAUACGACCACGACACUCAGCAUGCGUUCGUGGGCGACUGCUCGGGACAGAUCACGCUGCUGAAGCUAGAGGCGCAGACCUACUCCAUCAUCACCACGCUCAAAGGACACGAAGGCAGUAUUGCGGCGCUGUGGUGGGACCCUGUCCAGAGGCUGCUGUUCUCAGGGGCCUCGGAUCACAGCGUCAUCAUGUGGGACAUCGGAGGACUGAAAGGACGGACGCUGCUGCUGCAAGGACACCAUGAGAAGGUCCAGGCGCUGAAAUAUCUGCAGCUCACUCGACAGUUGGUGUCAUGUUCCGCAGACGGAGGCAUCGCCGUGUGGAGCAUGGACGUCCAGAGAACAGAGGCUCCUCAGUGGUUGGAGAGCGACUCGUGCCAAAAGUGCGAGCAGCCGUUUUUCUGGAACAUAAAACAGAUGUGGGACAACAAGACUCUGGGACUGAGACAGCACCACUGCAGGAAGUGCGGCAAAGCGGUUUGUGGGAAAUGUAGUUCAAAGCGGUCCACGUUUCCCAUCAUGGGGUUCGAGUUCCCUGUGAGAGUCUGCGACGCCUGUUUCGACUCCAUCAAAGACGAAGACCGCUCUCCUCUGGCCUCAUUCCACGAAGGCAAACACAACAUCGCACACAUGGACCUGGACCAGACCAGAGGACUCAUGGUCACCUGUGGCAGCGACCGCGUCGUCAAGAUCUGGGACAUGACGCAGGUUGUCGGCUGCAGCUUAGCAACCGGCUUUUCUGCGCGCUGA